AUGAACAAACCCGUAACACCAUCAACAUAUGUGCACUGCCUCAAUGUUGGACUAAUUAGGGAGCUGUCAGAUUUUAUUGAUCUGCGAGAAGGAUGGAAGAAGUUAGCAGUAGCUAUUAAAAAGCCAUCUGGUGAUGAUAGAUAUAAUCAGUUUCACUUGAGAAGAUGUGAAGGAUUACUUCAAACUGGAAAAAGUGCCACUGGUGAAUUACUGUUUCACCAGGGCACGACAAAUUGCACAGUUGGUGAUCCUGUCAACCUGUUGGUCCAAAAUGAGUUUUUUGCCCCUGCAAGUCUUUUGCUCCCUGACGCUAUUCCCAAAACUGUCAAUACUCUACCUCAUAGAGAAGCUGUAACAGUUGAGCAGAAUCAGAGGCCUCUCUGUGGCAAAGAUAGGAAAGACAUCCAUGAUACCUGUGUGGAAUCCUCAAUAAAAUUAUAUGCCACCUGA